AUGUUUGCGGGGGGCGCGGGGGUCCGGAGAAGGUGCGCGCGAGCGGGGGACGUUUUGGGGGGAGACGUUUGCGGGGGGCGCGGAGGUCCGGAAAAGGUGCGCGCGAGCGGGCGACGUUUCGGGGGGAGAUGUUUGCGGGGGGCGAGGGUCCCCGGACAAGGUGCGCGCGAGCGGGCGACGUUUCAGGGGGAGACGUUUGCGGGGGGCGCGGGGGUCCGGAGAAGGUGCGCGCGAGCGGGCGACGUUUCGGAGGGAGACGUUUGCGGGGGGCGCGGGUCCCCGGAGAAGGUGCGCGCGAGCGGGCGACGUUUCGGGGGGAGACGUUUGCUGGGGGCGCGGGGGUCCGGAGAAGGUGCGCGCGAGCGGGCGACGUUUCGGGGGGAGACGUUUGCGGGGGGCGAGGGUCCCCGGAGAAGGUGCGCGCGAGCGGGCGACGUUUUUGGGGGAGACGUUUGCGGGGGGCGCGGGUCCCCGAAGAAGGUGCGCGCGAGCGGGCGACGUUUCGGGGGGAGACGUUUGCGGGGGGCGCGGGUCCCCGGAGAAGGUGCGCGCGAGCGGGCGACGUUUCGGGGGGAGACGUUUGCGGGGGGCGCGGGUCCCCGGAGAAGGUGCGUGCGAGCAGGCGACGUUUCGAGGGGAGACGUUUGCGGGGGGCGCGGGGGUCCGGAGAAGGUGCGCGCGAGCGGGCGAAGUUUCGGGGGGAGACAUUUGCGGGGGGCGAGGGUCCCCGGAGUAGGACGUUUCGGGGGGAGACGUUUGCGGGGGGCGCGGGGGUCCGGAAAACGUGCGCGCGAGCGGGCGACGUUUCGGGAGGAGACGUUUGCGGGGGGCGAGGGUCCCCGGAGAAGGUGCGCGCGAGCGGGUGACGUUUCGAGGGGAGACGUUUGCGGGGGGCGCGGGUCCCCGGAGAAGGUUCGCGCGAGCGGGCGACGUUUCGGGGGGAGACGUUUGCGGGGGGCGCGGGUCCCCGGAGAAGGUGCGCGCGAGCGGGCGACGUUUCGGGGGGAGACGUUUGCGGGGGCCGCGGUCCUUAGAGAAGGUGCGCGCGAGCGGGCGACGUUUCGGGGGGAGACGUUUGCGGGGGGCGCGGGUCCCCGGAGAAGGUGCGCGCGAGCGGGCGACGUUUCGGGGGGAGACGUUUGCGGGGCUCGCGCGGGUCUGGGGAAGGUGCGCGCGAUCGGGAGACGUUUCGGGGGGAGACGUCUGCGGGGGGCGCGGGGGUCCGGAGAAGGUGCGCGCGAGCGGGCGACGUUUCAGGGGGAGACGUUUGCAGGGGGCGCGGGGGUCCGGAGAAGGUGCGCGCGAGCGGGCGACGUUUCGGGGGGAGGCGUUUGCGGGGGGCGCGGGGGUCCGGAGAAGGUGCUUGCGAGCGGGCGACGUUUCGGGGGGAAACGUUUGCGGGGGGCGCGGGGGUCCGGAGAAGUUGCUUGCGAGCGGGCGACGUUUCGGGGGGAGACGUUUGCGGGGGGCGCGGGGGUCCGGAGAAGGUGCGCGCGGGCGGGCGACGUUUCGGGGGGAGACGUUUGCGGGGGGCGCGGGGGUCCGGAGAAGGUGCGCGCGCGCGCGGGCGACGUUUCGGGGGGAGACGUUUGCGGGGGGCGCGGGGGUCCGGAGAAGGUGCGCGCGCGCGGGCGACGUUUUGGGGGGAGACGUUUGCGGGGGGGGGCGGGGGUCCGGAGAAGGUGCGCGCGAGCGGGCGAUGUUUCGGGGUGGGACGUUUGCGGGGGGCGAGGGUCCCCGGAGAAGGUGCGCGCGAGCGGGCGACGUUUCGGGGGGAGGCGUUUGCGGGGAGCGCGGGUCCCCGGAGAAGGUGCGCGCGAGGGGGCUACGUUUCGGGGGAAGACGUUUGCGGGGCUCGCGCGGGUCCGUAGAAGGUGCGCGCGAGCGGGCGACGUUUCGGGGGGAGACGUUUGCAGGGCUCGAGCGGGUCCGGAGAAGGUGCGCGCGAGCGGGAGACGUUUCGGGGGGAGACGUUUGAAGGGGCGCGGGGGUCCGGAGAAGGUGCGCGCGAGCGGGCAACGUUUCAGGGGGAGACGUUUGCGGGGGGCGCGGGGGUCCGGAAAAGGUGCGCGCGAGCGGGUGACGUUUCGGGGGGAGACGUUUGCGGGGGGCGCGGGGGUCCGGAGAAGGUGCGUGCGAGCGGGCGACGUUUCUGGGGGAGACGUUUGCGGGGGGCGAGGGUCCCCGGAGAAGGUGCGCGGAGCGGGCGACGUUUCGGGGGGAGACGUUUGCGGGGGGGCGCGGGUCCCUGGAGAAGGUGCGCGCGAGCGGGCGACGUUUCGGGGGGAGACGUUUGCGGGGGGCGCGGGUCCCCGGAAAAGGUGCGCGCGAGCGGGCGACGUUUCGGGGGGAGACGUUUGCGGGGGGCGCGGGGGUCCGGAGAAGGUGCACGCGAGUCGGCGACGUUUCGGGGGGAGACGUUUGCGGGGCUCGAGCGGGUCCGGAGAAGGUGCGCGCGAGCGGGCGACGUUUCAGGGGGAGACGUUUGCGGGGGGCGCGGGGGUCCGGAGAAGGUGCGCGCGAGCGGGCGACGUUUCGGGGGGAGACGUUUGCGGGGGGCGAGGGUCCCCGGAGAAGGUGCGCGGAGCGGGCUACGUUUCGGGGGGAGACGUUUGCGGGGGGCGCGGGUCCCCGGAGAAGGUGCGCGCGAGCGGGGCGACGUUUUGGGGGGAGACGUUUGCAGGGGGCGCGGGUCCCCGGAGAAGGUGCGCGCGAGCGGGCGACGUUUCGGGAGGAGACGUUUGCGGGGGGCGCGGGUCCCCGGAGAAGGUGCGCGCGAGCGGGCGACGUUUCGGGGGGGGGACGUUUGCGGGGGGCGCGGGUCCCCGAAGAAGGUGCGCGCGAGCGGGCGACGUUUCAGGGGGAGACGUUUGCGGGGCUCGCGCGGGUCUGAGGAAGGUGCGCGCGAGCGGGAGACGUUUCGGGGGGAGACGUCUGCGGGGGGCGCGGGGGUCCGGAGAAGGUGCGCGCGAGCGGGCGACGUUUCAGGGGGAGACGUUUGCAGGGGGCGCGGGGGUCCGGAGAAGGUGCGCGCGAGCGGGCGACGUUUCGGGGGGAGGCGUUUGCGGGGGGCGCAGGGGUCCAGAGAAGGUGCUUGCGAGUGGGCGACGUUUCGGGGGGAAACGUUUGCGGGGGGCGCGGGGGUCCGGAGAAGGUGCUUGCGAGCGGGCGACGUUUCGGGGGGAGACGUUUGCGGGGGGCGCGGGGGUCCGGGGAAGGUGCGCGCGAGCGGGCGACGUUUCGGGGGGAGACGUUUGCGGGGGGCGCGGGGGUCCGGAGAAGGUGCGCGCGCGCGGGCGACGUUUCGGGGGGAGACGUUUGCGGGGGGCGCGGGGGUCCGGAGAAGGUGCGCGCGCGCGGGCGACGUUUCGGGGGGAGACGUUUGCGGGGGGGGGCGGGGGUCCGGAGAAGGUGCGCGCGAGCGGGCGACGUUUCGGGGUGGGACGUUUGCGGGGGGCGAGGGUCCCCGGAGAAGGUGCGCACGAGCGGGCGACGUUUCGGGGGGAGGCGUUUGCGGGGAGCGCGGGUCCCCGGAGAAGGUGCGCGCGAGGGGGCGACGUUUCGGGGGGAGACGUUUGCGGGGCUCGCGCGGGUCCGUAG